UUUAAAUCCGAGAUGGCAGGUAGCUUUUCUGAGGCAACUGCAAAACACCUGAACUGAAAUGUUUUUGUUUAAACUCUCAGUGAAUUUUAUACCUGGAGAAUAUCUGGUUUUAAAUGAGUAGAAAAAGAUCAGAAGAUGAUGGCAAAUAAACGGGGAAUGAGCAGUGGCCCUCAGAGACAGCAAGGGCCCCUGGUGAGGUCAAGGGCCCCGGAUGAAGCACUACCCUCGACAUCAGCAACAGACCAAAGCCCCUCAUUGCAAACACUGAAAGAGGAGGUUGUCAACUUAAUACAGAGCUUUCCGGAAGGAAUCGAAGUGUCCGGGUUAAUCUUUAUGUACAGGAGGGUCUACGGCAAGAGGUUUGGACCUUUAAGCAGUUUUGGUUUGGAAGGCCUUCAGGAGCUUUUUGAAGAGCUCAGUGACCAAGUGCGUGUGGAAAGGAUUCACAAUAAAAACAUAAUCAAAUCUGUAAACCCUGUUCGCAGGACUCUACAGCUUCCCAUGUUUCAAGGCAUUCACAGAGUACAAACACAGGAUGUAAAAAUGGAUGACGCUCCUAAGAACGCAAUUCGUGAAGACUUUGAAAAGAGAUGCAGAGAUGUUGUGGAUUUGGUAAAAAGCCACCAGGAAGGCAUUCCUCUUUCAAAAAUAGCAGUAUUUUAUAAUAGCGAAUAUGGGAGGCCUCUGAGAAAGAAAGAACUUGGGUUCUCCUCAAUAGCAGAUUUCAUUGACUCUCUCGACCAAGAGCUGUGUGUGGAAAAUGGCCAAAUUUUCUACAGGAUUGCAAAGCCUGAAGCUUCGACCCAUACAGCACCACCCGUGCAUGUUGAUGGGGUUUUUAAAGACGUUGUGGAGCUGGUUAAGGACCAUCCCACAGGCCUUCCUCUUAGGAAGUUUUCUAUGUUUUUCAAUCAAAAGUAUCGGCGUAACCUCGCUGUGUCAGAGUUUGGUUUCAAAACAGUCGCCUCCUUCAUUGAUUCUCUGAGCGAUGAGCUAUUGGUGGAGAAAGAGAGAAUCUUCCACAAGAGUCACAGAGCAGCACCUGCAGUCCCAACACCUGCACACCUACCAAGAGUGAACAAUGACUCGACACCUGCGAACCCAACAAGCCCUGUAGUUAGUUUUGGAGCUGAAUUUGCUCAAAGAGGUAGUGAAAUGACACAAGAGGAACUGAUGGAUAAAGUUAAAGAAGUUAUAAAAAAGUAUCCAGCUGCAAGCCAUUCCAUUAUUGAAUUGCAGAAUGGCUUCUUCCUCCUCUUUGGGUCGGCACUUCCAUUAGAUCUCUACAUGUCAUUGUAUGACAGUCAUACAGCUAAACCACUUUCUUCCUCUUGUCUUGUAAAAAAUAAACCAGCAGGAGCAAAGUGCAUUGAAACAGCACAAAAGAAGAUUGUUGAGGAAGUAAAGAAGGUUCAGCCCAUGCCCGUUGCGGUAAAUGAACAAGUGGUCCGGUCCAAGGCAGGAUCCCCUUUGCUUCGGUUUCAAAGUUUAACCGUCCCACCCAUGGAAACCCCUAGUAAUCUGUCCACUAGUGACUUCCCAGUUCUUGGUACUAUGCUGUCCAAAGCUGGGGAGAAGAAGUUGAAGGAGGGAAGGGGGCCUGUCUUCAAUGAGUCCUACUACAGCCAAGUGAGAGAGGUCCAUGGUGCUAACAUGAGGGCAGCAGAAGCCUUGCUGGAAGAUGAAGACAAUGUUGGGAGACGGAGAAAGGCCAUGAGCUCAAAGGAUGUGAACUGUUUGGUAGAGGACGUCAUGAGAGCCCUUGCAGCCGAAGGAGAGCUUGUCACCAUCGAGAGGGUGGUCAGCAGAGUUUGUUCACUUCUACAAGUGUCCAACUUGUUGAAAGAUAUGAAUAUUGACGCUCGUCGGCAUCUGCCUGCAGUGCAGGAACUUCAGCGCAGCAUCAAGGAGAUCAAUAUGUAUAUUGAGUCAGUGGAAGCGGUUUCCUCUAUAUGCACGAUUUACGAAUUGGGACAGGCUUUGGCCAACCUGAAGAACAAGAAACGCUUUGAAGAACUCCAUCUGGGCCCUCUCUGCAAGAUCCCUCUUAUUCACCGAAUGUUCAGAAUAGAUGCAAAUACUAAAGAUGAUGAUGUACAUCAGAUUGCGACAGUGGAUAUUCUUAGGAGUCUCCGAAUGUUCAGGAGAAAAAGCAAGACGCCUAGAGUUGACCUUGCUGACUUCCUGAAGCACCUUGCAGACCAGUACAGCUGUGAGUCACCGUAUGAACUUGGCAUCAGAAUCCAGAGUCUUGGGUUGCCUAUUUCGACGUUGAAUAAGGCAUCUGCUGCUGAGUUUUGCCACAUGGACACAGCCAGAGAAGCCAUUCAGAAGGAGAUUCAGGAGGAGGUGGAUGCCAAAAUGUUUAAGAUCAAGAAGAGCCUGCUGGAUCCAGCCCAAGGACCUGUGAUCUUCUCCCAGAUUGGCAACUCUGAGCUGAGGAAAAAAUAUGUAAAUAUGACCGCCACGGAUGCAGUCAUGGAAGUCUUCAUCAAUUCUGAAAGUGUCUUCAAUAAGAGUAUGACAAAGACUAUUCAGACGUUCCUGUUAUGUGUAAACAGAGACAGGCUCGCUAGAGCCUUAUUCCAGCUUGCUAUAUGCUGUGGCUCCUUGGACGCCCCUCAGGACCUGGUAGCUAAAGAAAAACCACAGAAAAAAGCAGAGGCAAAGAAAACUACAGAAGAGAGAGCCAUAGAGAUGCUCCCUACUGAAGCUGACGUGAAGAGCUAUUUUCAAGAGUGUGUCACUCAUUUCAAGAGCACACCUACUCUGGCCCACCUUCGCACUCUGGAAAAGAGGAUUGCAGAGAAAUUCAAGUUUAAAAACUUCAGCCAGCUGCAGCAAGGAACCUUCCUUGAUUUCAUUUUCAACAACAAAAAGGUCCUGCAGGAGGCAGCAGGGGGCGCCGUCUCCAUCGACAGCCAGGAUCCAGGAAUGAACGGCUUCAGACCUUGCAGACAAGAUGUGUUUGAGUUCAUCAAGCAGUGCGGGGAGGGAGAUGACAGCAGACUGCCGUUCAUUGAAGCCGCUCUGAGGAAUCAUUACCGGAUCAGGGAUAGCCGAGAGCUCGGUCACGGGCCCCUCAGUUUUCUUGUCAAUUGCACGCAGAAGCAAAAGGAACUAAGCGGAGACGCUGUCACUAGUGUGGUACGCUAUGAGUGUCCUCUGCUGCCCAUGGGUUCAGGGGAGUGUGUGGUGGAUUCCGUGGGUUUGCUGGGCGAGGUGAGCCGUGAUCAGGCACGGGCGAGUUUGCUGUCGGCUCCUCUGCUGCAGGAUCUGGAGGAAUGGAGUCAGUGGCAGCUGGUGUUUCAGCCCAACCACGGCCCUCUCAAAGACUUCAUCGACAAGUACUGUGGUAAGACGGAGCUGCUGGCUCUCGAGGUUUCUCCCGGCGUCCUGCUGCGGGUCACCGCUGUCACGGGGGACAAACACUUCUCAGAGGCGACACAGGCUCUGGACCCCAUCGGCACCGCCGGACACUUGCUCUCCAUUGUGGUGGCUUAUGGGAUCCCAAACACGCCCACAGCGCUCCUGGCCAAUCACAUGGAGAGCGCGCUGAAUGUAGCAGUCGCACAGGAAGGUAGGAGGUUUUCUUCGUCAUGCUUCACUCACUGUCCGUCACACGUUGUCCUGAAACUGUUUCAGGAAGUGUUUUUGGAGCCGCUGUCUAAAGUGCUUGGUCAGACCAGAUCGAAAACACUGCUGCUGGACGCUGCACGUUCACACACGCGCUACCUGAACAAACUGCAUCAGAUGGGGCUCCUGCUGGGGAUCACCGAGUGGAGGAGCCACUUCAACGACAAAGUGCUUCUGCCAGCUCCUCCUCAACUGCCUUCAGAGAUCAAGAAGUUUGUGGUGGAGGACUCCAUGAGUGACAUGUCUUCAGUGUUGAGUCAGAAUGAGAUGGAUAAUGAGGAGGAAACAGAGCUCAGCACUUCCUCCAGCAGCCCCAGAAGAGACCAUCAGCAGGACAGUGAUGGUGAUGAUGAUGAUGAUGAUGAAGAGGAGCAGAUGUACGAGCUGGUGUCCGAACACAUUGAAGAGACGGACAGCAGUGAGGACGAGGACAGAGUAAACUCAACGACUGCUGAUCAUCCAGAUGAAGAAGUGAACGACGAGCUGGAUCAGCACCGAGCCGUCAUAGAGGACAUCAGGAAAACGGAGUUCGGCAUCGGCGUGGAGCUGAACGAGGAAGGUCAGAACCUGAUGAGGAAGCAGCAGGCGAGACUGGGCCGCAGUCUGGAGCGGCUCUCCACUGAACUCUACAGCAAAGACACACACUUCGUGCUGGAGCUCAUUCAGAACGCUGAUGAUAACUGCUAUCCUGACGGCCGAGAGCAGCCGGCGCUGGCCUUUGUGGUGGAGAAGGACUGCAUCACCAUCCUGAACAACGAGUGUGGGUUUGAGGAGAACAACGUCCGUGCUAUCUGUGACGUGGGCCGGAGCACCAAAGGAAAACACAAAUAUGGCUACAUCGGUCAAAAGGGCAUUGGCUUUAAAUCAGUUUUUAAAGUCACCGACUGUCCUGAGAUCCACUCCAAUGGUUUCCACAUCCGAUUUGACAAGAACAGCGGCCCCAUGGGAUACAUCCUGCCUCACUGGGUCGAGCAGGAGCGGCCAGGGAGCGCUGGCGCCAGAGAGAUCGCAGAGCAGAGAUGGGCUACAAAGAUCCACCUGCCCCUGCGCUCCGAGAGCUACCAGACUAAAAACCUCUUCCAUGACGUUCAUCCCUCUCUCCUGCUCUUCCUCCAUCGCCUUCGCUCCAUCAUCAUCUUCAAUGAGGCUGAGAAGCGUUUGGUGUCGAUGACGCGCCGUGAUCUGAGCCAUAACAUCCUGGAAGUAGCACACACUGGUGGAGAAGAGCGUUGGCUAGUGAUCAAGAGAAUGCUUUAUCCUAAAAAGAUUAAAGAAGACGUGGAGUCGACAGAAUUGGCUCUGGCGUUCCAGCUCAGUGGCUCGUCUCCCUGUGAUGUGAAGCCUCAGAAACAGCCCGUCUUUGCCUUUCUUCCACUUCGCAGCUUCGGUUUCCGUUUCAUCAUCCAAGGUGAUUUUGACAUCCCUUCCUCCAGAGAGGAUGUGGACAGAGACAGUUCCUGGAACCAGUGGCUUCGCUCUGAGAUCCCGCAGCUGUUUGUACACGCCAUGGAUGUCUUCAAUCAACACCCAGAGUUCAGCGGGCUCGGCGGCCUCUGUUACUUCAUGCAGUUCAUCCCUCAACCAAGUGAGAUCCUGGACUUCUUCAACCCAGUGGCCAAUCAGAUCAUUCAGCUGCUGAAGGGCAAAGCUUGCCUUCCUGCCAAAGAGGACAGCGAGGGCCAAGUGGAGUUCAAGCAGCCUUCCCAGCUUGCCGUGUGUCAGGACCGUCUGAUCCAGGACGUGAUUGGAGGAGAGGAUCUGUGCAGAAGCCUGAGUCUGUCCUACCUGCAUCCUGCGCUGCAGUCACGUCUCUCCAGCUCGCUGCUAACCGCGCUGGGCGUUCAUCGCCUCAGAGCCGUCGAGAUCAUCACCGUCACCUGCGCCAUGGCCAGAGAGCUCGUGCAACACGGCCGGCUCAAGACAGAGCAUGAUCUGAAGAAGCUGGCCAGGCUGUUGGUGUGUAACUUUCGUGCGCUGGAGUCGGAGUAUGAAGUUGACGCCCUGCUCCAGUCCCUCAAAGACGUUCCCAUGAUCCCUCUGGCCAACGGCAGUGUGGUUUCUCUGAGUUCAGAGGGAGUUUUCUUUCCUCUCAGUGAUGUGUUGCAAGCUCAAACAGAUCUGCAGGCUCUCUACCAGGACCUGAACAUCGUGGAGCCGCGGCUGCUGGCGUCUCUGGAUGAACUGGGAAACUCGCAGGUGCGGGAGCUGCUCCGGAGACUGAACGUCCAUGAGCUGGAGCCGCAGCAGGUCCUGCAGCAGCACAUCUACCCGCUGCUCAGGAGCAAAGCCUGGGAGAAAAAGCCCGAGGACAUCGUCAUCAGCUACCUGGUGUUCAUCAAACUGCACUCUCAGGAUCAGGAUUACAGGAGUCUCAUCACAAACGUCCCUGUGCUGACUAACAAGGGCUUCCUCUGCCCCGCCGAGCACAAAAUCCACUUCUCCAAAGAGUACGGCAACAUCCACCUUCCCAGUGUGCUCCCCGGUGUGGACUGGGUGCUGCUGGACGCUUGCUAUCUGAGGGCCGACCGAGACGCGAGCGGAUGGAGAGACUUCUUCAGUGCGCUGGGAGUGCGAGACCUGCUCAUCUUCAGGAAGGAGAAGCGCACCUUCACUGCCUCUGAGCUGGCGUCCAGCCCGUGGUCAGUGGAGAGCAAGCCGUGGUCCAGGCCCACAGAUGGACUGUAUGUCAUCGAGGAUCAGCACUGCGUUGAGUUUCAUACGCUGGCCACUGCAGAUCAUCUGACCGCUGACAGCAAACUACAGCAGAGACAAGCACUGAUCAGCCUUCUGGACAAGAACUGGGACACUGGAGAGAAGUACUCGCAGUACCUCCGGAUUCAGGUCUGUGACAGUCAGGGCCGCUCCGUGAGGGAGGCCAGAUCCUCCUUCUACCAUCACCUCACGCAGCUGUCCUGGGUUCCCUCGCGCAGACCGCCGUGGGACGAGAGCCGGCCCGUUUCCUACCUACAGCCCAAAUCUGUCUACAUCUUCUCUGCAGAAGUGCACCAGCUCCUCGGCUCCCACGUCGAUUACGCGCACGGCGCUCAGAUGCCCAGUGAAUUCACCAGAGCCAUAGGAAUGAGACACACUGUGCAUGUGGAGGACAUGAUUGGCUAUCUGAAGCGUUGGUGCGUGAAGGUGUCUGAUAAUCCGUCUGAGGAUCCUGAAGGAGCAGAUUUCACUACUACAAUCGAUCACAUCCAUACAUUGUAUCGAUACCUGUCCGCCGAGUGCACUAGCAUCAAGCUCCGAGACCUGUUCCAGCAUGCACCUGCUGUCUUCAUCGAGUAUGACAGGAAGGAUGACUGGUGCUCUGGGCGCUUCUAUCAUCUUAAGGAGGUUUGCUGGUCUGAUCCGACAGGCAUGUUUCACAGAUACAAGGAGCUGAUUCGACGGGCUGACAGCGGCAUACAGGAGCCCAGAGUCCUGGCACCGUUUUAUAAUCAUUUGGAGGACAUGAAGAAAUUUUUCAAGUCUCUGAGUGUGCAGCCCAGUCCGUCUAUGAAGCAGUACGUGUCUCUGCUGGAGGCUGUUUGUGAGGCAUCUCCUCUUGCGACAGGAGAUGUUGUCCAAGACGUCUCUGUCGUCUUCGCCAAACUAGCUGAUAAAUGCAAGACCCAUGUUCAUGGAGAUCAGGAUCAGGACACUCAGCUCAACCCAGUCUACUGCAGCUCUCUGAAAGAAAUGGUGUCUCAUAAAAGAGUGUUUCCCACCAAGACUAGCGGUUGGGUCACAUUAGCUCGUAAGCCCAUGAUCGCAGACAGCGCAAACCUGGAGAAGAUCUUCAAAUCACAUAGUUCGGUUUGUCUGCUCAACCUGCCGUCUGCAGCCAAGAGAGCAGCCAACAAAUCCAGGCAUGAAGGCAAGCAGGAGAAGGAGGCGUUCAGCGAGCGCGACCGUGAGUUAUUCCUGGAGAUCUGCGGGGUGGAGCGGCUCUCCCAGCGCGUGACCACCGAAGCGCAGACCGAGAGCUACAGGCCUUGCCCUGCGGUGCAGACCCUGGUGCGGCAGCUCGUCCCAUACAUCCAGAGGUUCAUCUUCCACAACACUGAUUUCGAUGACGUGUACAGUGAGCUGAAGGAGAGUGGGAUUGCUAAAUACAUUCGCUCGCUGAGUUUUGGACAGGUUGGGAAGCUGUAUAUUCACUAUCGGCUUGAGGUGCCGGAUGAGAACCCGAUUUUUGAGAGCGAGGAUAUUAUAUGUCUCCUAAAAGACAAAAAAGAGCUGUACAUCCAUAAAGAUCACCUCUCGGCCAAACUGGACAUCUGCAGAGAGCUGGUGAAACUGUUCACCACAGACAAGAGCUUUGCUAAAGAGCUAGAGCGCUUCCUCCAGGGCCUUGUGACAUGUGUAAAUAACCGAGCUGAUUUAAAGAGGUUUCUGGACAGAGAAAACACUCGAGAACUCCCUGCAAAUGAGGAACCAUGGGAGGUGCCGGCGCCGGUGGAAGUAAAAGCAGAAACCAUCGUGUCGUCUCUGGUCCGGCCAUCAGGAGACGUGCAGGAGGAGGAAAUGCAGACACAACACAAUAAAGAGGACCGGCUGGUUUGCUGGCCACCGAAAGCCUCUCUCAGUAAAACAGGUGGCAGCAGUUCAGGCAGUCAGGCUGUUGAAGAGGUGAUGAAGAUGUGGCCUCCUCCUGCUGCUCCUGCUGCUCUGGGUCUCGAGAGGAGCUCGUCCAACAUCAGUGUCCAUCAGCGAACCGCAGAGCCUCCACUGCACACAGAACCAAGAGCUCAACAUGAACAGGGUCCCAGACCAAGCAAUGUCCCGCCACGAGCCACAGAGCGGAGGGAAGAUGUCCAGUCUGUGGUCAGUCCUCGGCAGCCUGUGAAACCAAACGCCGCUACAGAUGAAGAAGAAGAAACUACAGUGGACAAAACCAACCCGCCACCUCCAACAGCAGAUGAUGAACACUCAACACCGCAAAGCCAAAAUCCAGCCCAGGCCCCAGAGGUGGUGUUGAGCCAGUUCCAGGGAGCUGAAGGCCUGCAGCGUCCGCCCAUGACUCUAGACACCGCCGUCUGGAGCAAAGCCGUGGCUCUGGAGGACGUGCUGGAGGAUCUGCCGCUGGAUUGCACCAUGCCUCAAACCCUGGUGCUGCCUAAAGACAAAGAAGACACGGCCAGCAUCGGACAGUGGGGAGAGCAGCUGGUUCACUCCUUCCUCACGCACUGGAGAGAGAACGGCGGCCCCAGUCAAAUCACCUGGUUCAACGAGAAAGGAGAGAGCGGCCGCGCAUGCGACUUCAAGAUGACCUUCACAAAUAACGGGAGCACGCAAGAAGUCUUCGUGGAGGUGAAGACGACGGUCAGGCGAGAUCGACACUUCAUCCACAUGUCUGCGAACGAGCUGGAUUUGGCACUGAAGGAGAAGGAGCGAUAUCACAUAUAUCGAGUGUACGGCGCUGGAGAUGUGCAGCACGUUCGUCUCUGUCGCAUCAAGAAUCUCGCGCAGCAUCUGCACUCCAAGUCUCUGGAAUUGUUUUUAUUCGUGUAGCCAUCUUUAGUCUUAUUGAAAAUCUUGAGUUGUUUUAGAAUAACAUUUCUGACCUAUGCUUAGAUGUACAAUUCUGCCUGUUUGCACUCGAUUCUGUUCAUCAAAUUUAUUAUUUUUUUUAACUACUGACACUGUUUGUACUGAUAUGUGCGAUUGCACAAUUUUAGUGGCCAGUUAAACGUUUUAAAGAAUCAACAUUUUCUCUAUUCGCAUGUUUGGUCAUGUAUUCAAAGCACAGGUUUUGCAUCGAUUCCUUCAUAAGCUCUACUGUAAAAGUAUAACUUUACUCUUUGGAUUGCCAUAAUCAGUUCAGUAAAUAAAAGAAAUGU